AUGGAUCUCUGGCUAAAGGUCUCUCUUGUUAUUGCAACAAGUUUUGUGUGCAGAGGAAAAGAAGACACUGUUGACCAGUCGUCAACGUCUGAGACUGGACCAGAAGGAGGAACGGUGACACUCGGCUGUAGUUAUGACACAGCUGCCACUAAUGCCUACCUGUUCUGGUAUAAACAGAAACCUAAUGAUCAUCCUCAAUAUAUGCUGAGGAGAUACACAUUAGGAGAUGGCAACCUGUUGAAUUCCUCCUCCCCUCAGAAAAGCUGUUCGGCCACGGAAAUUGUGGACUUGCGGCUGUGGAAUACAUUCCUAUUUGUUCUUUGUUACUUUGAAUGCAGAGCUGAGGACUCUGUUGAUCAGCUAGCAGGAUUCCUCACUGCUUCUGAGGGAGAUUCAGUAACUCUGCCCUGUACUUACACCAGCUCCAGCACAGGACUACUGUAUCUGUUCUGGUACCAGCAGAAACCUAAUGGAUUCCCUGCAUACAUGCUGACACGGUUCUCAGAAAUGGGCGAUAAUGAUGAAGGUUUUAAGAAGAGAUUUGAGGCCAAUCUCACCUCAAACUCAGUUCCUUUGACCAUCCAGAAUCUGCAAGUGUCUGACUCUGCUGUGUACUACUGUGCUCUGAGGCCCACAGUGGCAGAUGCAGACUUAAGACUCAUACAAAAACACCAGCUCGCUAUGAAGACUCAUGACCAACCAUCUCCACCAAUCGGGGGAGGAGCUCAGCAGACAGACGGCAUCAUGGUGAGAUCUGAUGAGAUGUAA